UCAGAUAUAGAACAGAGAAACAUUAUAAACAAAUUGGCUAAUUUUGUAGCUCGAAAUGGACCAGAAUUUGAACUUAUGACCAAAUCUAAACAGAAAGAUAACCCAAGAUUUCAAUUUUUAUUUGGUGGUGAAUUUUUUAACUAUUAUCAGUAUAAAGUCACCUCGGAGCAAGCUGAGCAGCAGAUAACAGCAUUACAACAGAAUCUUAGUAAAUUACAGAAAAGUAAAGAUGAACAGAUUAGACAGAGUGAGAGUAACUUAGCGGCUCAAUAUCAGAAUAUGAUACAACAACAGGGGCCUCAGAUAGACCAGUGUAUUAAGAAUGCUAAAGAAAGCAGACUACAACAAUUAGCUGUAGAUUGUGAGUUACCUGUAGAAGAAUUAGAUAGAGCAGUACAACCUAUUAUUGAUUCUUGUACUAAAGAUGGUAUAUUGAAUUGUAAGAAUUGGAUCAUGCAGAAGAGUAUGUCAUUUCAACAUUGUGAACUUAUAACACAAUAUAUAUUAAAAAGAAUUAUUGGUCCAGAUAGCCAGUUUUCAGUCCGUCUGCAUCUGAUAUAUUUAAUGAAUGAUUUGUUACAUCAUUGUAUGAGAAAAGGCCACAAUGAUUUGAAAGUAAAUAUAGAGAAGAUUGUAGUACCAACAUUUUGUACCACAAUAAAAGAUUGUGAUGAGAAAGGUAAAGAAAAAUUACUAAAGUUGUUAAAUCUGUGGGACAGACAUAAUUAUUUCAAUGCUGAUACUAUA